ACCUAUGGCAAUCUCAGUUAAGCUCAGUUGAGUCUUGAUAAGUGCGGUGCACAGUUGAUAUCGCGCCGCUUAGCAAACCGCAUAAUGGAAAGUCUUAUUUAGAAACAUGAAUUAAAGAGUGAAUGCAAACUUAACUGGAGGCUUAUGGUUAUUUUUUUUUAUUUUGCAUCAACAUUAGAGUGAAAGUGUUUAGUUUUCUCAUAGAAAUUUCAUUGCAAAUUGUUUGAUUUUAGUGAAGUGACAGUUUAAACAAAAGAUUAAUCAAAUUUUUUGUUAAUGUGAAAGAGAUAUUACCAAUUUUGGAUGCAAAUUUUGCCAGCAAAGCAAUCGAAUUCAAAGAAAUAAAAACAAAAAAAAAGGGGCAACUUUAAUAGCCUUAACUGGUUUUGGAUACAUUGUUGAACGAAAAAAGGGAAUGUUUGCUUGAGUUUAUUAACUUUCGAAAAAGCCAGCUCUAAUUAAGAUGACAGUUGUGUAUGAUAAGGAAAAGCAGAAUGGUCGUCAAGCGGAUCUCAAGGCCAUUGAUAGCAGCAAUAUUGAGGAAGCUGAACCAUUAACAUGGCGAUUUUGGAGGAAACGUCGUUACAUUGUUGUCCUUAUGGCAUUUUUUGGCUUUUUCAAUGUCUACUCGUUGCGUGUGAAUUUGAGUGUUGCCAUUGUUGCAAUGACAGAAAAUCGAACAAUGGUCGCUGAAAAUGGUUCGAUUUAUUAUGAACAAGAUUUUCCAUGGGAUUCCAAACAAAAAGGUUUAAUAUUGAGUUCGUUCUUCUAUGGGUACAUUUUGACACAGUUUUUGGGUGGACUUAUCGGAGGCCGGAUCGGGGGAAAUCUUGUUUUUGGUAUCGGAAUUGGUAGCACAGCGAUUUUAACCUUGCUAACACCUUUAGCUGCCACACACAGUCUUGGAAUGUUCUUAGCUGUCAGAAUUGUUGAAGGUAUCUUCGAGGGUGUAACGUUCCCCUGCAUCCAUGCGGUCUGGUCCCGUUGGUCACCACCUUUAGAACGAUCUCGAAUGGCUUCAAUAGCUUUUGCUGGAAAUUAUGCUGGUACCGUUGUUGCAAUGCCUCUGUCUGGUAUAUUUGCCACGAAAUACGGCUGGGAAAGUGUAUUUUACAUUUUCGGAACUAUUGGAUGCAUUUGGUUUGUACUUUGGGUGUUAAUUGUCAAAGAAGGUCCCGAGAAAGAUCCUCAUUGUUCGAUGGAAGAAAGAGAGUUUAUUGAGAAGAAACUUGGAACUACUGGACGGAAUAAAGUCAAACAUCCCUGGAAGGAAAUUUUCACUUCGCCACCAUUUUAUGCGAUAGUUGCUUCACAUUUCUCCGAAAACUGGGGAUUCUAUACAUUAUUGACACAGUUACCAACUUUUCUAAGAGACGCUUUGAACUUCAAUUUGGAUAAGACUGGAUUUCUAUCAGCUGUACCGUACUUGGCCAUGGGAAUUUUGCUAGGCGUUUCAGGAUAUCUUGCAGAUUGGGUUCAAGUUAAAGGAUAUUUGACCACGACUCAAGUUCGUCGAUACUUCAAUUGUGGUGCUUUUCUAGCACAAACACUAUUCAUGAUUUUGACAGCCUAUUUCCCUGAUCCUUUAUGGAGUGUUGUGUACAUAACCAUCGCAGUGGGAUUAGGAGCCUUUGCUUGGUCUGGAUUUGCAGUGAAUCACUUAGAUAUUGCCCCACAACACGCUAGUGUUUUAAUGGGUAUUGGUAAUACUUUUGCAACAAUUCCUGGAAUUGUCAGUCCUCUUCUAACAGGCUACAUUGUACAAGAACAGAGUACCGAUGAAUGGCGUAUAGUAUUUUUCAUUUCUGCAGGAAUUUACUGUGUUGGUUGUAUUAUUUACUGGCUAUUUGCUUCUGGUGAGUUACAAGAUUGGGCCAAAACUCCGGAACAAUUAGCUGCUGAAGCUGAAGCUAGAGCAGUAUUGAGAGCAGAACAACCAGUUGUUGGUUAUACAAAUGAGGCUGUGGAAAUAAAAGAAUAAAGAAGGGUAAACUUGCCAAUUUUUAUAGAUUUA